AUGGCUCUUCUGGAACUCUGCUCCUUUUGUGUUCCUCUCCUGUGCCUGUCUCCUGCCCAAAACACGUUAGAAUUGCAGAGACUGACCUUUCCUACAUCAUUGAUAUCAACAGACUCAUGCCACUCAGUGUCCCCACUUAGGGUCUCUGAGACUGGAGCUGCAAGAGAGGCCACCAUUAUGAACUUAGACUCCACCAAGGCCACGUAUAAGAACAAUGUCACGACCAUCUUUUUUGUGGGAUUCCAGAACCAUCAAAUAUUGAAUCUAUUUCUCUUCCCCUUUUUCCUUAUAAUAUACAUUGUGACAAUUUGUGGAAACCUCUUGAUCAUCAUGCUGGUGUCCUACAGUAAGGGCCUCCAUUCUCCAAUGUACUUCUUCCUCACCCAACUUUCUGUAAGUGACAUCAUGUUGUCCACAGAUAUUACCCCUAACAUGUUAAACAUUGUACUGCAUGGGCAGACCUCCAUAUCUCUUGUUAGCUGUUUGACUCAGUAUUAUUUCUUUGGCUUAUUGGAAGCAGUUGAAUGUUUUCUACUGACAGUGAUGUCCUAUGACCGCUAUCUUGCCAUCUGUUCUCCUCUGCAUUAUGCCUCCAUUAUGAACCACAUGUUUUGCAUUAAGUUAGUUGUUAUAUCUUGGCUGUUCAGCUGCUCUGUCGCACUAAUUCUAACUCUUAGUAUGUGUCAACUACAAUUCUGUGGGCCAAACACUAUUGACCAUUUCCUAUGUGAUUUUUAUCCUCUGGUGCAACUUUCUUGUUCGGACGUGUCCAUAAUUCAAAUGCAGACCACUUUAUUGAGUAUUCCUGUUUUAGUGGUACCAUUUCUUGUGAUAGUAGUUUCAUACACAUGCAUUGUUUCAACCAUAUUAAAGAUAUCCUCCAAUUCUGGAAGAGUAAAAACCUUUUCUACUUGUAGCUCCCACCUGACAGUGGUGUUUAUUUUUUACGGGACUCUAAUCGCCACAUACAUGAUUCCAAAUGGAGGACAAUCCCAUAUUAUCAGUAAGACCCUGGCUUUGCUGUACACUGUUUUUACACCAUUCCUAAACCCUUUCAUAUACAGUUUGAGGAAUAACGAUAUCAAGGAAGCUAUAAGAAAUGUUUUGAAUAACAAAAUGGUUUAA